UUAAGAUCUAAGAUCUGAGAAACAUCUUCAUGAAUUUGAACCUAAAUUUAUGAUAGCCCCUUCUUACCGCUCAUGUCUAUAAUGACACCGACGUAUCGCGAUUCUUACGUAGUCAGUGCCAAUUCAACGACGGUUCGCACUUGAACUCACGAUGUGGCUUUCUUGUACCGUUUACACGACGAUCACUCUUAUUUUAUACAGCAGUACAGUGUUAUAUGCAAGCGGCAUAGAAAGUUUGCCCAUAUGGAAUCAGACCUGGACCGAUAAGCUGAAACAGGAUCUAUUCGUAAAAUAUGACAAAUACGCUCGGCCGACGGAGCACUUUAAUGCUACGGUGGUCAAAUUCGGCAUUACUCCGUUUUAUUUUGAUGUGAAUGACUUCGAGUCUACUGUCACAGUUACUGCAUGGGUUCGUCUUUCUUGGACAGAUGAAAAACUAAAGUGGGAUCCCGAAAAAUAUGGCAAGGUCGAUGAACUUAUCAUAGAAAACCACGAAGUAUGGCAACCAGAUAUUAGAUUGUAUAACAGUGGAACUUCGGGUACAGUCGAGUAUUAUGGUGAUGUGCCAUGCACGCUUAACAAUACUGGCGAAGUAGUAUGUGUGCCACCUGCGAAAUUUAUUGCACUUUGCGAGUUAGAUUUUCGUCUUUGGCCCUUUGAUACUCAGGAUUGCUAUAUGAAGUUUGGCUCCUGGGCUCACCACGGCGAUCAAAUUGAUUUCGUAUUAUACUCGAAGGAAGAAUUAAACGAGGAAGAUAUGAUUGUGAAAAAUUCGGAGUGGAAAGUAAUAAACAUGAGCACGACUCGUGAAGUAACAAAAUACGAUUGUUGCCCGGAACCAUAUCACAGUAUAUCUUUGGAGAUGUCAUUAAAAAGGAACUCGGCCCUAUAUUAUAAUAUAUUGCUAAUGCCUGCUGCCGCCAUAGUUUUUCUGGUUUUGGUCACAUUUUGGUUACCACCUCAAAGCGAAAUGAAGAUCAGCGUGGUAGUCUGUACUAUAUUAAUCAUUGCCGUAUUUUUAGGCUUUCUUGGCUUUAAAGUACCAUUAACUACGACUCUUCCGCACAUAGUUUCUUUUUAUAGCGGCUGCCUCUGUUUAGAAACUAUGUCGUUGGUAAUUUCUAUAAUGGUAAUCAAUAUGUCGAAAAGAAUUUAUUGCAUACCACUUCCAAGAAAUAUUAGGCUGUGUUUAUUAAGUUGGCCCGGAAAACUAUUAGGACUCUCAGAUCUCAUAAGUGUGAUCAAAUCACGAGGGUCUAUGCCAAGUCAGGAAUUACGUGGCAAACUUACAGAGGAGUCCAUUACUAUUUCGACGUCUAAUAUUUCGGAUGACGGAGAUCGGCAGAAUAUAAUCUCGCCAACGAAAGACAUCACGCAAUUGGAGUGGAUUCUUGCGGGCACAGCCAUCGAUCGCAUAGCUUUCGGGUUGUUUUGUUUGAUUUUAGCGAUAAUGGCAAUAGUGUGCAUAUCAGUGCCAAUUCAACGACGGUUCGCACUUCAACUCACGAUGUGGUUUUCUUGUAUCAUCUAUACGACGAUCACUCUUAUUUUAUUCAGUAAUACAGUGUUAUGUACAAGCGGCUUAGAAAGCUUGCCCAUAUGGAAUCAGACUUGGACCGAUAAGCUGAAACAGGAUCUAUUCGUAAAAUAUGACAAAUACGCCCGGCCGACGGAACACUUUAAUACUACGGUGGUCAAAUUCGACAUUAAUCCGUAUUAUAUUAAUGUGAAUGACUUCGAGUCUACUGUCACAGUUACUGCAUGGGCUCGUCUUCUUUGGACAGAUGAAAAACUCAAGUGGGAUCCUGAAAAGUAUGGCAACGUCGAUGAUAUUGUCGUAGAAAACCACGAAAUAUGGCAACCAGACAUUAUGUUGUACAACAGUGGAACUUCGGGUACAGUUGAGUAUUAUGGUGACGCGCCAUGCUCUGUUAAAAAUGAUGGUGAGAUAUUAUGUGUGCCACCUGCGAAAUUUAUCGCACAUUGCGAGUUAGAUUUUCGUCUUUGGCCUUUUGAUACUCAGGAUUGUUAUUUGAAGUUCGGCUCCUGGAUGCACCACGGCGGGCAAAUUGAUUUAGUAUUGUUCACAAAGGAAGAAUUAGACUCGAAUGAUAUGAACGUGGAAAAUGCGGAGUGGAAAUUAAUGAACAUGACCAAGAUUCGCAAAGUAACAAAGUACGAUUGUUGCCCGGAUCCAUAUCACACUAUAUCUUUGGAGAUGUCUUUAAAAAGGAACUCAGCCCUGUAUUAUAAUAUAUUACUAUUACCUGCUGCCGCCAUAGUUUUACUGGUUUUGGUCACAUUUUGGUUACCACCUCAAAGCGAAAUGAAGAUCUGCGUUAUAGCCUGUACUAUAUUAAUCAUUGCCGUAUUUUUAGGCUUUCUUGGCUUUAAAGUACCAUUAACUACGACUCUUCCGCUCAUAGUUUCCUUUUAUAGCGGCUGCCUCUGUUUAGAAACUAUAUCGUUGGUAAUUUCGAUAGUGGUAAUCAAUAUGUCGAAAAGAAUUUAUUGCACACCACUUCCGAGAAAUAUUAGGCUAUGUUUAUUGAGUUGGCCCGGAAAACUAUUAGGACUCUCAGAUCUCAUAAGAGUGAUCGAAUUGCAACGGCCUAUUCCAAGUCAGGAAAUAUGUGGCAAACUUACAGAGGAGUCCAUUACUAUUUCGACUUCUAAUAUUUCGGAUGACGGAGAUCGGCAGAAUAUAAUUUUGCCAACGAAAGACAUCACGCAAUUGGAGUGGAUUCUUGCGGGCACAGCCAUCGAUCGCAUAGCUUUUGUAUUGUUUUGUUUGAUUUUAGCGAUAAUGGCAAUAGUGUGCAUAUAAGGCUAAUUUAUUAUAUGAAAGUGUUUCUAAGUCGUUUGAAGAAAUAUAUUGAUAAUAUAUCUAAUAUAUACACGAUAUAUAAAUAAAUCUGAAUUGUUAUUCAAUACAUUUAUUUAUUCACGUAAAUAAAUAUCUCUUGUAAUAUGUACAAAUGCAAACAUGUACCAAAUAUAUUAUUGAGAUGUGUGCAAGAACGUCUCAGCAUGGGAAUAG